GGUCGCCUUGCCAAUGCUCUCAAGAGGGGCACUGCCCCCCCACACGCGCCGUCGACGACUCUGUCCCCGCCGUCCUCAGUGCCCUCGGCGUCCGUAGCCUCCGCCUCGGGCUUCUCGGGCUCCCCGCCUUCAAGUGCCCCUGUUCCGUUGUUGCACCCUCCGUCGCCUCGCUCCGCGCCCUCUUCGCGGCCCUCUCCGAUGGCUACUAUGCGCCACUUUUUCUCGCGCACGAGGCGCCCCCGGGUCCCGUCCAUGCCGCCCAACCCGUAAGGUGCCAGCGUCGUGAGCUGUGUUCGUAUUCCAAUUGUAUAUGUGAUCUGUGCAAGUAUGAUACAUGAAGCGGGCCUCGAUGCCUGAUGACUCUCACAUCGGAUACAGGGGCAGGAGAAUAUGCCACAUGGGAAAAUGCCAGUCUGUGCCGCAUGCCGCAUACGCCGCCCGCGUACGCUGCAUCCCCAUCUUGCUCAAUUGCUCAUCCAUCCAUCCGUCCGUCUUCAUCCCACAAAGUGCUGCGUAAGCACACUACCAUUCACACCUCGCACACCAUCCAUCCACCCUCGCACACCGUCUAUCCACCCUCGCACACCGUCUAUCCACCUCGUGGACUGUGGAAGUACACAACGUUACCCCUCGGCGCCAUCCAUCCCCCUUGGCACACCCAACACUUGUCGCCAAGGCGAGUUGAUGCAUUUGGACGGGCAGCUGAUUGCAGACCGUCGCCACCCUUGCACGCCGUCCAUCCUUCGAGUACUUCUUCCGGGUCCUUACCCUGUGGUGGACUGUGGAAGCACAGGACACUCAACCCUCGACGCCAUUCAUUCACCCUUGGACACCAUCCACCUGUGCACACCAUCCACAUACCCACAAUGCCAUGCAACACAAGGAAGACAGCAAAGGCAUACUACCAUUCAGACAACCACAUCUGCUCUCCACCUGUGCUCUACUUGACACCACCUGCUCCUGCAGCCCUGCAGAUGCUCUAUCAUCCUGCCAACCCCGAUCAUCUUUGUCAGGCCCCGCGCCGUUCGGAAAGGCGGAGGCUAGGGAGUGGUUGAGCACAAAGGUGUCCGUACACCGGAUGCUGCUCCACCACCCCGAUGACUCGAAGUCGACAACUGUGAUAGGCGUGCAAUAAGACUAUGGUACUAUGACGGGGUGAGAAUACGACGAGUAUCAAGAGUUGGGGGGAAAGAUCCUGAGGCGUCUCCAUACAUGUGACG